UUCUAUUAUAAAAGUUGACCCUUUCUAUGGAAAAAACUUUGAAGAUGCUCAGGAAUGGAUUGAAAUAUUCUUAAGAGCGAAAGAAGCUAAUAGAUGGCCAGAUAAUAGAAGAAUAGCAAUUGCAGCAGGAAUAUUAAGGGAAGAAGCAGCUGACUGGUAUAAUCUACACAACUCAUUUGUAUUUGGAUUAGAUAAGAAAGUUGACAAAUUGCUUAGAACAGAAGUUAAGGAACUUUGA